CACUGGUGAGGCUAAUCAAUAUCAUGGAUUACGAGGAGCUGGCAACGAUGGUGGAGGAGGCAAAUCAGUCGGAGCGUAAGGAAAGUGGAAAGCGAGGACGCAAACCGGGUCGCAAGGGGUCCACAGAGAAGAUCGACAUGAAAGCUAAACUCGCAGAACGCAGCCGGCAAAGUGCUCGUGAGUGUCGUGCCCGUAAGAAGCUUCGCUACCAAUACUUGGAGGAGCUGGUAACCGAUCGCGAGAAGGCCGUUGUUGAGUUGCGCCGGGAGCUGGAAAAGCUUUACAACUGGGCAUUGGAGGUUGAAGCUGGCCGCUGUCCGGAUGGCCUGCAGGAACUGCUCGAAGAGCUGGGUGCCAUGAAGCAGGAGUAA